CUUUUGGACUCAUAAAGCCCAAAAGCGUUUUCCUCUACUCACUGUCAAGGUGACGCGCUUCGCUGCUGACAGAUUCCCUCUUUUUCGUGUCUUUCUCUUUUCCUCUCUCUCUCUCUCACGCACACACAGACACACACCAGCGGACAUGAGCGCAGCGGCGUUGGUGGGAGUUUUUGGUCACAGGCUCGUUGGUGGCUGCAGAUUUACUCUCCAAUAAGAACCAGGUGCUCGCGCGUAAAAGAACUUGCCAAAGGACGCGCGGAGUCACAGUUGGAAAACCACAGGCGAAACACCUGUCGGACGCCUCUUCCCUUUUUUUCAUUUUAAAAUCCAAAACCUGGGGAUAACUUCGAUCUCCGGACUACAUUGCAGAGGGAAUAUGUCAGUUGGCCUGCGGGGCCACUGACCGAGGGAGCGAGCAUCGGCUUUCGUCUUGUUGAGGCGACCAAGCGCGCAGCGAGAUGAUGCAGCAUCCUUUGGACAUGGGAGCGCAAUUCUAUGCUCCGGACUUUAGCGCCGACCACAGGACCCAUCGCUACAGGAGUUUCAUGAUAGAGGAAAUCCUGACCGAUCACCCGGAGCACAAAGUGUCAGCUCCGGCCGGAGAACUCCUCAAAUUCGGCGUACACGCUCUGCUGUCCGCCCGGCCUUUCCACAGCCAGCUGGCGCUUAAAGCCGAGCAGACGAGCCUCCUUAAGUUCCCCAUGUCCCCGCUGUCCUGUUCGCUGGGCUCCCCGCUCGGCCCGCCGCUGCUGUCCGCGGCUGCGGGCCUGCAGGUCGGCGCCGCGUCCCACCACCUGCCGCUGGAUCUGCACCUCCGCGGGAAGCUGGAGCACGGAGUCGACGGAGGCAGCAAAGUGAAGAAGGGCCGCCGGAGCCGCACCGUCUUCACCGAGCUGCAGCUCAUGGGCCUGGAGAAGCGCUUCGAGAAGCAGAAGUACCUGUCCACGCCCGAUAGAAUAGACCUUGCUGAGUCUCUGGGCCUCAGUCAACUGCAGGUGAAGACGUGGUACCAGAACAGACGGAUGAAGUGGAAGAAAAUUGUGCUUCAGGGAGGAGGUCUGGAGUCGCCGACUAAACCAAAAGGCCGUCCAAAGAAGAACUCCAUCCCCAGCAGUGAGCAGAUCUCUGAGCAGGAGCGAUCAGCGGCUGAUGUUGAGCAUCACUCUGAAAGCUCCGACUCCCACUUAGAUGUCACGCAGGAGGAAUGAGCUGCUGUAGCCGUGUGGCCUGUACAGACACUCUAGACUCUUAUAUGUGCAGACUCUGUGGGACCAGACUCCAUCAUCCUGAUCGUGGCAUGGCAUAGCAUGGCGACGCUAUCUUACCUGAUGCUCCCCUCCCUCCCCAACUCCCCCCCCCCAAAAAAAAGACUUGCAGGUUCCACUGAAACUGAGCACGCACCACUUUUCAACAGCCAUGUGUUUUUGUCAAAGCCCUGCCAGCGUGUGUUCCCUCAUGGUGAACGUGCUGCUGUUGAGGAGGGAGCUCAAAGUGCUGCAGUAGGUGUCCACACUUUUUAUUCUAAGGAUUCACACUCACUCUGAAUCUGUUCUGCUUUUCCUUCUGUGUAACUGUGCUAUGUUUAAUUAUUAUUAAAUGUAUUUUCACUAAU